AGAGAGCCCACUAUAGUGUACUUCAUAUCGGCACUCUUUUUGUUCUAACUGCGGAUUAAAGCGGACCUGAAAGAAGACAUCUCACAGCUUCACACUGCAAUCAUGAAGGCACGCAUAGAGGAUGGAGUUGUAUAUUCGCCGUAUCCCGAAAUCGACAUUCCAAUAUGCUCUGUCUACAGUGCGAUCAGCAAAUUUUUGUCCAUGCAACCAGGAAAGUUAGCCGUCGUAGACGAGCAGAUAAGCCUGACCCGAGGGGAAUUUUUGGCGCGUAUGAAGCGCUACGCGGCAGGCUUCCAAGCACAUGGCCUAGGACCAGAUCAUCGUGUAGCAGUGCACCUCGGUAACAGCGCCGAGAACCUUACAGCGCUUUUCGCACUCACAUUCACUGGUGCUUCGGUCAUCCUUUGUAAUCCAAUACUGAAUCACGAUGAACUUCUCUUCCAAAUGAGUGAUGGUGGUGCAACCCAUGCCUUCACAAGUUCACAACUGGCACUAAAAAUGUUGGCGGUCAGUUCGAAACUACACCUCAAGGGUCUUUUUGUUACUGGCGAAGCAGAUGGCUUCAUUUCUGUAAGCCAAUUUCCGGAACAAAGUGAACCAGAUUUUUGUGAAGUUCUGGUAGAAUACCCAAAAGAAACCACAGUAGCACUCUUCUACUCAUCUGGUACAACUGGUCACGCCAAAGGAAUGGAGAUAUCUCACUACAGCUUCGUCGCCAAUCUUCAUAUGACCAGAUCAGUCCUUACCUAUGAAGAAAAGGAAAAUGACGUGCUUCUGGCUUGGUAUCCUCUCACUUAUGCCUCGGGCUUUCUCUUCACUAUCGUGGCGGCGUGUAUCGGAUCCACCUGCGUCAUCGUGAACCCCGGCAUUUCUUUCGACGAGCUUGUCUACUACGUUAACAAGUAUAAGGUGACGACGCUGGCAAGUGUGCCGACCCGCCUUCACUACUACCUGUCAGAUAUCGAGCGGACCGGCACGGUCCUCCCAUCAAUUCGCAAGCUUAACGUGGGCGGCACGGUGUUAACGUCCUCUCUGGCUGACCGUCUGCUGGCCGCUUUCCCAGGUUUGCGUUGCCUGCGCAACCUGUACGGAAUGUCGGAAUCUUGUAGCGUCCUUUGCGCGCCACCCACAGAUGAGAUCAGCGCUGCCAACAUCGGCUUCCCAGGACCUAUGGUACAGCUCAUGGUAAUCGACCUGGAGACAGGAAGGAAGCUUGGGCCACACGAAAACGGGGAACUAUACUUCAGGGCUCCGAGCGUCAUGAGAGGCUACUACAAGCAACCUGAACUGACAGCCGCUUUUAUGGACAAAAAUGGCUGGUGUAAAACUGGAGACAUCGUGUACUAUGACGAGAGUGGCCGCUUCUACUUCGUGGACCGCAUGAAAGACAUGAUCAAGUGCCUCGACCAGCAGGUUUCUUCCACCGAGCUCGAGUCACUGUUACAGAGUCACGAGUGCGUCGCUGACGCGGCGGUGGUAGCCAUACCACGCACAGAAUACGGAGACGCGCCGGCUGCUUUUGUAGUGCUGAAAAAUCCGACCACCGCUUCAGCGGAAACAGCCAGCGAGCUGAAGGCGUACGUCGCAAAAAACACGGAAGCUUACAAGCACCUUCACGGUGGUCUGACAUUUGUUGAGAGACUGCCGAGGAACGUCAACGGCAAAGUGAUGAAGCAGCACUUGAAGCAGUUAUACCAAACAGCAACAGUCUAUUAGGAGCGCACGCGCAUGUGCUAAGAGAUGUCUAGAGAAAAAAAUAAAAUCUAGACCUAAAACACACA